UCCUGGUACCUCCAUAGCUCUGUCAACGCCCGACACUACCUACACCAGGACAGAGGGUGACACGUUACCGGCCAUCACCUGUACAGCGGACUGUAGACCUGGCUGUACCUUUGUCUGGACACGACCGGACAACACCAACUUUACUGUCUCACCUGUGUUGUCACUGGGACAACUGGACAGAUCAGAACACGGGACGUACAGGUGUACUGCCAGGAAUGUUGUCGGUUUGUCGACUACAGCCAUCAAUGUUACCAUACAGUACGGCCCCGGAACCUCCUCAGCUCUGUCCCCGUCGGACACUACCUACACCAGGACAGAGGGGGACACGUUACCGGACAUCACCUGUACCGCGGACUGUAGACCUGGCUGUACCUUUGUCUGGACACGACCGGACAACACCAACUUUACUGUCUCACCUGUGUUGUCACUGGGACAACUGGACAGAUCAGAACACGGGACGUACAAGUGUACUGCUAGGAAUAUCGGAGGAGAAUCGACUAUAAUAGUCAGUAUCACUGUACAUUAUGGUCCUGGAACUAGUAUAUCAUUAUCACCACCAAACACUGCAUAUACUAGAAACGAAGGUGAUGCUUUACCGGAUGUGACGUGUGCAGCAGACUGUAGACCUGGCUGUAACUAUGUCUGGUUACGACCGGACAACACAAACUUUACUGUCUCAUCUGUGUUGUCACUGGGACAACUGGACAGAUCAGAACACGGGACGUACAUGUGUACUGCUAGGAAUAUCGGAGGAGAGUCGACUAUAAUGAUCAGUGUUACUGUACAGUGUGAGCCACUCCCGUAUCAGAUUCCGGAUGAAAUCCAAACGAUUGAUCUAGCUACAUCGGAAAACCUUACGAUUCCGGCUUUGUUCACCUCUAAUCCGUCAUCAUCAUUUAUGUGGACUUUUCAACUUUCUGAAUCGAGAACUUCCACUCAGCUUGUGAAUGGGGACGCUAACGUAUUGAUACAAAAUACGUUUGAGACAAAGAAUUUAACCGCUGUGUCAACAAUGACACGUACCGACAUACAACAGAACUGGUUUGGGCUUUACAACGUCACUGCGACCAACACUCAUGGAAGCGCCACGCUAAGUUUCAUAGUUCAUGAGAAAAGAUACCCAGGUUUCCCAAACAAUCUUUUGAUUGGCUGUACCAAGCCUCACUCUGCUGAAGUCUCAUGGGGUGGCGGAGGAGACUCUCAGUAUUACCAUGUUAUGUUCAGCACAGACAAAUUUCUUAACUCACAAGAGGUUUAUCCAGUGACGAUUACAAAACACACAGACGGAAGUGACGUGUAUAUUCUAAAUAUAGACAAUCUGGAUGGAAGUCGUGUAUAUUUCUUUAAGGUUGUGGCGUACAAUCAGUACGGAAACACAACAUCGGCUGAAGCUGUGGGCUGUACUGUUCAGGAACCAGUUGCCCGUUGUUCCGACAGCAUGUUUGUGGCAGGGAUAGUCCUCAAUGUGAUUGCUGUAGUCAUGGUUUUGUUCACGGUUGGACUCGGGGUAUUUAUCAGACGAAAUGGACAACUGCCAUUCGUCAAGGGACGCCGUAAACAGGAAGAGUUCAAGAAUGUUCAAUUUUCAAAACGAGAUGGAACUCAUGAAAAGGAUGACGAGCGAUUUCAAUCGGAACAAUUUGAUGUAGACGGCAUUGCCAAGGUGUCCACUUACUCUGAAAUUGGAGGGCAAAAUCAAGUAUACCAAAAUAAUCCAGUCAAUGGCGGGGAUGACGGGUAA